UCCCAUCAUCUGAAUGCCUACCCAAAUCUCGCAAUCUUAUCCGUGUCGUCUGGUGGUUGGUUGGUUGGCCCUGUAGCGCCCACGGACACUCCCUUCCCCCCCGUCCACUCACGUCGCCGGACCUUCCCUUCUCCCGGCCGGCCUCGUUCCAUCUCACCGGGCUUGCAAAUUUCCAAGAAAACGGGCACAUCUCGGUGGUUGGGCUCGAGCCAUCUUGCCGAGAAAGGUCGCUCUUUUGCUGUUUUCGGUCACUGUUCUGCGUCAAUGGUGGACGUGAGGAAAGUGGAAUUGGCCAAAACUCUGGUAGUGGAGCUCGUGGUGGGUUGUCCUCUUUAAGCACACCGUCUGCCCCGUCGCGGAAGUCCUCCCCAAAUCUUGCUCACCCAUCUCUUUCUUUUCGCUCUCGAGACCCAGGAUCGGAUUCAUCGUUUUCAAGAAUCGAAAACAUGAGCUGCGUCAAUUUGAGCACCACCUGUUCGAUCUUUAACCAAGCGAGCAGAUCCAAUUUGCUCCAUCCCCUGAAAACUCCGACCUUUCCGCGGAUUUGUCCGAGACCCGCCAGACCCAUUUCUUGUUCCUCCCCCAGAUUGCGCUUCUCCGUCUCCGCGAUCCUCACCAAGGAAGAGGAGGCCACCACCGAGGACAAAGAAGGGCGGCCCCCGUUCAAUUUCAAGGAGUACAUGCUCGAGAAGGGGUGCUCCGUGAACGCGGCGCUCGACUCCUCGGUCUUGCUCCGGCCGCCGCUGAAGAUUCAUGAGGCCAUGAGGUAUUCGUUGCUCGCCGGCGGGAAGAGGGUCCGCCCGGUGCUGUGCAUAGCGGCGUGCGAGCUCGUGGGAGGGCAGGAGUCGAUGGCCAUGCCGUCGGCUUGCGCUGUCGAGAUGAUCCACACCAUGUCUCUGAUUCACGAUGACCUUCCCUGUAUGGACAACGACGACUUGCGCCGCGGAAAGCCCACCAACCACAAGGUUUAUGGUGAAGAUGUUGCUGUUUUGGCUGGAGACGCCCUACUGGCAUAUGCAUUUGAGCAUAUUGCGGUAGAAACCAAGGGGGUUUCGCCCACAAGGAUAGUCAGAGCAAUCUUUGAAUUGGCGAGGUCUAUUGGAGCAGAAGGCCUCGUUGCUGGCCAAGUGGUGGAUAUAAGUUCUGAAGGAAUCGCUAAUGUAGGAUUGGAGCACCUUGAGUUUAUUCAUCUCCACAAGACUGCGGCGUUGCUCGAAGCGUCUGUUGUUCUUGGGGCAAUUAUGGGAGGUGGGUCUAAUGAAGAAGUUGAGAAGUUGCGGAGUUUUGCAAGGUGUAUUGGGUUGUUAUUUCAAGUGGUGGAUGAUAUUCUGGAUCUGACCCAGUCUUCUCAAGAACUGGGUAAAACGGCUGGCAAGGAUUUGGUGGCUGACAAAGUUACGUAUCCAAAGCUAAUGGGCAUUGAAAAAUCUAGGGAGUUGGCCAACAAACUGAACAAAGAUGCUCAAGAACAGCUAUUUGGAUUUGAUAUAGCGAAGGCAGCUCCAUUGAUUGCUUUGGCAGAUUACAUUGCUAACAGGCAGAACUAAUUGUUCCAUAAAAGGUAGGAUUAAUUGUUCAGGGAGGUUUUGGGUUAUCAUUUACAGUAGAACUUGCUGGGAACUCAUGAAUUAGAGGACAUGAUACUAAUGGGUGGUGGAUUUAUAUUAAGUGUCCAGCAGUCACUUCUCAGUGUUGCUUGAGGUCUUAUCACUAGUCAUUCCGAAACCCAAACCCCUGAUUUUUCUCUGGAGGAAAUGAUACAAAGGAAACUUUAAUGCUGUCAAUGUUAUAUCGUGUAAUUUGAUCUCAGAAGAAUGUAGCACAUUCCCAUCCAGUCGUUUUUAGUACUGUCAUUGUUGCAUAUCGUAAAUUGAUUUUUUCUUAUUUACCAUCA